AUGACAGACAGAAGGCGCGUGAAUGGUCCUGUUGGCGGUACUCUGCCGCCAGUGUUUGCGGGCGAGGAUGCCGAAAAUCUCAUCGAGGAAGUGAAGGGCAGAACAAGGUCGGCCAACACUGCCAGACCGAUGUACCUCAAGACUGGUGUCACGCCUUCAGCAUCUGGUUCCGCUUAUCUGGAAAUCCAGACAUCAGCAAAGCCAGGUGCUUCUGGCCUCAAAUUGAGCUGUACGGUCCACGGACCUAGAGCACUACCGAGGUCAACGCCCUUUUCACCACACAUCAUCCUCACUACUCACGUCAAAUAUGCGCCAUUCGCGACAAAGCAAAGACGAGGCUACAUCAGGGACUCGACAGAGCGGGACCUCAGCAUCCACCUCGAGACGGCGCUGCGAGGAGCCAUCAUCGCGGACAGGUGGCCUAAGAGUGGCGUCGACAUCAUCGUCUCAGUGAUCGAGGGCGACCAAGACCGGAGCCUCAGUCGUGGCGAGUACGACGAGGCGUGGGAUACGAUGAACGUGCUGGCAGGAUGCAUCACAGUGGCCUCGGCGGCGCUGGUUGAUGCUGGGAUCGACUGCGUGGACACGGUAGCAGGAGGGGUUGCAGCUCUCGUCAGCACCGCUCACGAUGGCUCCCAACCAGAACUUGUGGUUGAUCCUCUGGCAUCUCAGCAUGACAAGAUACUGGCAGCGUGUUGCGUUGCAUACUUACCCGUGCGAGAAGAAAUCACAAACCUUUGGUUCAAGGGCGACCUGCCAGCAACGAACCCGAGGCUGUACACGGAGAUGGUCGAGAAGGGCGUAUUAGCGUCCCAGAGCGCAAAUCGCGUGCUGGCUGAAUCAUUGAAGGAGAUAGUGAGCCAGGACAGCUGA